AUGCCAGGCGAUGCGCCAGCUUCCUUCGACGCCUUCCGCUACUCACGGCUGCGCGAGCAACCUGGGAAUGCCCAACGGCACCUCUUCGUCAUGACCGACUAUAACGAUCUGGCAUUUGGCUACGGGAAGUUUGCAUGUCCUGGCCGAUUCUAUGCUGCUAAUGAAAUGAGGAUGAUGCUGGCGCAUAUGCUCAUAUGCUACGAUAUGAGGUUCCCUGAUGGGUGCGGUAGGCCUAGGAACUUCACUAUUGACUCGGAUAUGUAUCCUGAUCCUGCUACGCGGUUGCUUAUUAGGAAACGGUCUAGGUUUGAGGACGGUAUGGAUGAGCUUUUGACGUCUGUUGCAUGCGUGGCUGUUUGA